ACUUUAUGUUGAACCACGAUCCUCUUUCCUGACGUCCUGUACGUCAGGUCCGUAAAGCAUGACAGUGUGGGCUGGAGGCAUAUGGCAGGCCGGGACUCUUGGAACAUGAUUUCAAACUCCAGCUGUUCACAACAAACUAAGUUUAAUCUGGUUCAAGUGAAGGGAACAUGGACUCGACAAGUCGAACAGCGUCAAGUGGAAGAGGGAAGGUUAUCAGACGCUAAAAUCUAUGAGAACAAGUCAGAACAAGGAGUUUCCUGGACAGUGGUCAGCCCCAUUGUGUUCACCUACCGAGUUAUUCAGUGUAAAAACAUACUGGAUCCCAGUAAUGACACACUGCUCUGGGGUCAUAUAGGAGAUGAAGCCCUUAAAGGGGCCUUGAGUAAUUCCAAGCCUGUGAAGCGUUUUGUUGUCAUUGAUGAGACUGUCAGUGAGCUGUAUGGCUCCCAGCUUACUCGGUACUUUGAGGCCAGAGAUGUUGUCUGCAAGAUUCUCCCUCUGCCCACUACCGAAGAGAACAAGUGUAUGGAGCUGGUGACCAAGAUCCUGGAGGAAGUUCAUCAGUUUGGCCUCGACAGACGCUCAGAGCCGAUUAUAGCCAUCGGAGGUGGCAUGUGCCUGGAUGUGGUGGGCUUGGCGGCAUCUCUCUACCGCAGGAGGACUCCGUACAUUCGAGUCCCCACCACUUUCCUGGCCUACAUCGAUGCCAGCGUGGGGGCAAAAACUGGGGUCAACUUCGCCGGUGGGAAAAACAAGCUGGGAAGUUACGUCCCACCGAUGGCAACGUUCUUAGACUGCUCAUUCUUCCGAACCCUCCCUCCACGUCAGAUCUCUAACGGGAUGGCAGAGAUGUUAAAGAUGGCCCUGAUGAAGCACAGGGGCCUAUUUGAGCUGCUGGAGUCUGAGGGCAGCAUGCUGCUGAACACCAAGCUACAGUCCUGUGAGACCAGCGGCAGCUCCGAAUCAGAAGACAGCGCCACAGCAUCCAUGCGCAUCGCCAUAGAAACCAUGCUGGAGGAACUGGCUCCUAACUUGUGGGAGGACGAUCUGGACAGGCUGGUGGAUUUUGGUCACCUCGUCAGUCCUGAGUUAGAAAUGAGGGUACUGCCAGCGUUGCUUCAUGGUGAGGCGGUCAACAUCGACAUGUCCUUCAUGGUGUACGUGGCCCACCAAAGGGGGCUUCUGACAGCAGACGAGAAGAACCGCAUCAUCCGGUGCAUGCUGGGUCUGGGGCUGCCUGUGUGGCACCAGGACUGCACCCUGGCUCUGGUGCAGAAGUCUCUCAAGGAGCGUCUGAAGCACUCUGCUGGCUCUCUGAGGAUGCCUCUACCCACGGGACUGGGGAGUGCAGAAAUCUUCCAUGACAUGAUUGAAGAUGAUAUCCUUUGCAAAGCUUACAAAACCUGGACUGAUGAGCUUUCCUCUACUGGGAACAAGUGAAAAGAAAUGUGUGUAAAGCUGUAUGUAAAACAAAUGAAAGCAUUGCUUUAGCAAUAAGUAACAGAUGGAUGUUUUAAACAAUAAAUAGAAUAUAUCUAAAGAAAUCAGAAUUAAGAUUCUCU